GAUGGUUUGCUCAUAUAUUCUUUUGGCUCUAACAUUUCCAAUAGCAAUUUGUUUUUGUGUUAAAGUUGUAAAAGAAUAUGAAAGGGCUGUGAUUUUCAGAUUAGGGCGUUUAUUGCCUGGUGGUGCUCGUGGACCUGGAAUUUUUAUUGUAAUUCCCUGCAUCGAUACGUACAGAAAAGUUGAUCUUCGUGUUCUCUCAUUUGAUGUACCACCCCAAGAAAUUUUAUCAAGAGAUGCAGUAACUGUGGCCGUGGACGUAGUUGUUUAUUUCCGAAUAUCAAAUGCAACAAUUUCUGUUACAAAUGUAGAAGAUUCUAGUCGGUCAACAAAAUUAUUAGCACAAACAACUUUAAGGAACAUACUUGGCACAAAAACCCUUGCAGAAAUGCUUAGUGAUCGUGAACAAAUUUCUCUUCAAAUGCAAAGUACUUUAGAUGAGUUACAAAGAGCUAUGGCUGCAGAAGCAGAAGCAACUAGAGAAGCUGGGGCUAAAAUAAUUGCUGCUGAAGGAGAACAAAAAGCUUCAAAAGCGCUGAGUGAAGCGGCUUUAAUAGUUUCACAAUCACCAGUAGCAUUACAACUUCGAUUUCUGCAAACACUUUCAACAAUUAGUGCGGAAAAAAACAGAACAAUUAUAUUUCCAUUGCCUAUGGAAAUUGUUCGGCAUUUUAUUAAGUUUGUUACUUUAAAUUAUUUUACAUACACAUGA